UCUUGGUGUUCUUCAGGAGAACUCAUUAGCCAUUCUGGAGAUGGACUUGCUGUCUGGAACCUACCUCUUGGCAGUCUUAUUAGCCUGCAUUGUAUUUCAGUCCGGUGCCCAAGAGAAGAAUUAUACUGUGAGGGAAGAACUGCCGGAAAAUGUCCUGAUUGGCAAUUUGCUUAAGGAUCUGAACUUGACACUGGACCCGGAUGUGUCCCUUUCAUCACCUCUUCAGUUCAAGCUUGUGUAUAAGACUGGGGAUGUGCCAUUAGUCCGGGUGGAGGAAAACACUGGUGAGAUAUUCACUACUGCCAACCGCAUAGACCGGGAGAAGUUGUGCUCUGGCAUUUUUAGUGAGAACCGCUGCUUUUAUGAGGUGGAGGUAGCAGUUUUGCCUGAUGAAGUCUUCAGACUGGUCAAGAUCAGAUUCCUGAUAGAGGAUAUCAAUGACAAUGCUCCCCUUUUCCCCUCAACAGUCAUUAACAUCUCCAUUCCUGAGAACACAGCCAUUAAUUCCCGCUAUUCUGUCCCUUCUGCCGUCGAUCCUGACAUUGGAGUGAAUGGCAUUCAGCAUUAUGAACUUCUUAAGCCCAAAACAGCACCGAAAAGGACAUUUGGAUCCAUUACGAAUGAUCAGGGUCAAAAUGUAUUUGGACUUGAUAUAAUUGAAACACCUGAGGGAGACAAGUGGCCACAGUUGAUAGUCCAGCAGAUCCUGGACAGGGAGCAGAAAGACACAUAUGUGAUGAAGAUUAAAGUUGAAGAUGGUGGAACACCUCCCAGAUCCAGUACAGCCAUCCUACAAGUAACAGUUACUGAUGUGAAUGACAAUCGCCCAGUCUUUAAGGAAAAUGACAUUGAAGUUAGCAUUCCAGAAAAUGCUCCAGUAGGCACCUCAGUUUCUCAGCUCCAUGCCACUGAUGCUGAUCUGGGUUCAAAUGCACAGAUCCACUUCUUUUUCAGCAAUCAGAUCUCCAGUCUGGCCAAAAGGCUCUUUGCCUUAGAUAACACCACUGGCCUCAUCACAAUUAAGGAACCACUGGACAGAGAGGAGUCACCCGUACACAAGUUAACUGUUUUGGCAAGUGAUGGCAGCUCAAUUCCAUCAAGAGCAACAGUGACAGUAAAUAUCACCGAUAUUAACGAUAAUGUCCCAUCCAUAGACACAAGAUACAUCAUCAAUCCAGUGAAUGGGACUGUGCUCCUGUCUGAGAAAGCACCACUCAAUACAAAAAUUGCCCUGAUUACAGUAAUGGACAAGGAUGCUGAUCUGAAUGGAAAAGUUACCUGCUUCACAGACCAUGAUGUCCCUUUUAGGUUAAAGCCAGUAUUUGAUAAUCAGUUUCUGUUGGAGACUGCCACAUUUCUAGACUAUGAGGCUACGCGAGAAUAUGCCAUUAAAAUAGUGGCCUCUGAUUCAGGGAAACCUCCCUUGAAUCAGUCUGCAAUGCUGCUGAUCAAAAUCAAAGAUGAGAAUGACAAUGCCCCAGUUUUUACACAGCCUGUCAUAGGACUUUCCAUACCUGAGAACAAUGCUCCUGGGACCCAGCUGACCAAGAUCAGUGCCACAGAUGCAGACAGUGGACGCAAUGCUGAGAUCAGCUAUAUGCUGGGUUCAGAUGCACCCGCCAUUUUCAACCUGGAUCGCCGCACAGGAGUUCUGACAGUAGUGAGAAAGUUGGACAGGGAAAAGCAGGACAGGUACUCGUUCACUGUACUGGCUAAGGAUAAUGGGAUGCCACCACUGCAGACCAAUGCUACUGUGACACUAUCAGUUCUGGACCAGAAUGACAACAGCCCUGCUUUUACCCAUAAUGAAUACAAUUUCUAUGUGCCAGAAAACCUCCCCAUGUAUGGCACCGUGGGGCUUAUCACCGUUACUGACGCUGACUCUGGAGAGAAUGCUGCAGUUACUCUCUCUAUAUUAAAUGGCAGAGAGAAUUUCAUUAUCGAUCCACUUACUGGUGUAAUAAGACCCAAUAUUACAUUUGAUAGAGAGCAACAAGGUUCUUACACUUUCCAGGUGAAGGCUAUCGAUGGAGGAAGAGUGCAACGCUCUUCCACUGCCAAAGUGACCAUAAAUGUAGUUGAUGUGAAUGACAACAGGCCAGUUUUUGUCAUCCCUUCAUCCAACUACUCCUAUGAGUUGAUUCCCACAGCCACCAAUCCAGGAUCUGUGGUGACUAAAGUCUUUGCAGUUGACAAUGAUACAGGGAUGAAUGCAGAGCUCCGCUACAGCAUUAUAGGUGGGAAUUCGAGAAGUUUGUUUACAAUUGAUCAGUUAACAGGCAACAUUACUUUGAAAGAGAAGGUAAUCACAGCAGAUCAUGGCUUACACAGGCUGGUGAUAAAAGUCAAUGAUUUAGGACAGCCAGAGUCUCUCUAUACCAUAGCACUGGUGCAUUUAUUUGUAAAUGAGACCAUCACCAAUGGUUCAUAUGUGCAGGAGCUGGUGCGCAGAAAUAUGGAAACACCAGUGGGCCAGAAUGUUGGGGAUGGUGAGAUAACCCCACAGACCAAUGACUAUGUCAAAAUCAUCAUUGCUAUAAUUGCAGGCACCAUGACAGUCAUCUUGGUCAUUUUUGUCACUGCUCUGGUACGAUGCCGUCAGACACCCCGGCACAAGGUUGUCCAAAAAAGCAAGCAGAGUGGGGAAUGGGUCUCCCCAAACCAGGAGAACCGACAGAUCAAGAAGAAGAAGAAGAAAAAGAAGCGCUCUCCUAAAAGCCUCCUUCUCAACUUUGUGACAAUUGAAGAAUCUAAGCCCGAUGAUCCUGCCCAUGAGCAUAUAAAUGGCACUUUAGACAUUCCCGUAGAGCUAGAAGAACAGACUAUGGGAAAAUAUAACUGGGCCACCACACCAACCACAUUUAAGCCUGACAGCCCAGAUUUAGCAAAGCAUUACAAGUCUGCCUCUCCACAGCCCACCUUUCAAAUUAAACCCGAGACUCCUGUGCCCCCUAAGAAGCACCAUGUCAUUCAAGAACUGCCUCUGGAUAACACCUUUGUGGUGGGUUGUGACUCGCUCUCCAAGUGCUCCUCAAGCAGCUCGGACCCGUAUAGUGUCUCCGAAUGCAGCUGUCAAGGUGGCUUCAAGACCCCAGGCCCCAUCAACACCAGACAGCACACAAAAGAGAUGGGAAGACCCCAGAGCCCUUUGAAAGAGACAAGCCUGGAAUCAUGGACUCAGCCCCAGUCGCAACGCCGUGUCACGUUUCACCUACCAGACGGCUCCCAGGAAAGCUGCAGUGACAGUGGGCUUGGAGACCAUGAACCCAGCAGCAGUGCUAGCACAUCGCAUCCUCUGCCCCUUGGUUUCCCCCAAGAGGAGUACUAUGAACAGGCUUCACCCAACAGUCGGACAGAAGGAGAUGGCAAUUCGGACCCGGAGUCCACUAUUGAAGUUAAUCUCCAAAAAGCCCUUGCUGAAGCUUCCGAAACCUGCACACAAGAAUGUCUUAUCCUAGGUCAUUCUGACAACUGCUGGAUGCCACCUUCUUUGACACAGUACCAACAAUCCAACCCUCCUUUGCCAUCAUUUGGCUUCCAGCAAGGAUGGGGUCGAGGAACCAUACCCGAGGGAAGACACGCGCUUGGGAGGCCCAUGCCGAAGGAUGAUACUGACAAAAGCCAAGGUGGUCCACGGCCCCAGUUCUACAACACCUGUGAAAGACAUUGUACCACUGAAGAUCCAGUCAAGGUGAUACCCCUGGCAAACUUCACUCCAUCUCAACAGGCAGGAGUGUCUGGGAGUAACACCUUUAUACAUGAGCACCAGCUAUAAAAGCAUGUCUAUCAAAAUCAGCUAUUUCAGGCUUUAAAGUGUAAGUGUAUAUAGUCUCAGCCUAACAGUUAACUUUAGUGAAUAUACAAAUCUGUUAGGCUUGUGGAUAUUUAUGUAAAUAGAAUUCUGAAUUGAAUUUGAAGAACUGAGUCCUUAGUACUGAGUUAAAGGAAAUUUACCAUAAUUGUUAGUCAAAAGUAUGCACAACAAACAAAACCCUGUUCAUUUUAUUUCCCCAACUGGGUCAUCAUAGCACAAAUAAUAACUUGUUAGGGCAGGGACCGUUUCUCUAUUUGGUAAUUUCCCAACACAUUUUGGGCACUAUCACAAUCUAUAUAAUAGUCAUAUAGAUGACUCUCAAAUUCUCUUUUUUGUUUUAUAUGUACAUUAUAUUUAACACAUUCAUCGGGCACAUUUCCAUUUGUUCAUCAGUCAAUAGCAAAAAAGAGAUCAAGUAGGCAGUUUGUCAAUCUAUUACUCGAAAUCAGUAAUUAAAUGAGUGAUUUAAUUCUUUGGAUGCAAGGCAUUUUUACAAUAUUUUAUGUUUUCUAUGACAGGAAAGAGAAGUGUGUUAAAAGUCUUCCUGAUCUCUCUCGCUUUUUAUUUUAAAGUUGCACUCACUCAGCUUACCUGUAUUCGUAUUUUGGAAAAACAGUUGCUUAAAUGAAGCAUGAAGCUGAAUAUUUUAUUUGACCUUAAUGUCCUGUUGCUAAAUAGAUACGUCUGUAGUGAUGACUGGACUGCAAUUUUACAAAGAGGGUUUCUUGCUUUCCAAAAUUUGUUUUUCUACACUAAUGCAAGCUAAGUCACAACCCAUAUUCCACCUGCCAGUUUUCAGCCAUGAAUCCAUCACUAAUCAUAUCUUUACCUUGCAAAUUUGAUAUUGGUUAAUGUCUUUGUGAAUUGGGGAUUACAUAAACACAGAAGGAAACUGGGUAGAUGUUACAGCUGAUGCAGUACCGUGGCUGUAAACUACUGUUGUCUAGAGAAUAUUAUGGUGAUUUAAAUGUUAAUUUUACAGCCCUAUAGUCAGUCACUGCAGGUUUUCAGUGAAGAAUUAAAUAUAACCGUAGAUACUGCACACUAAACCUAUUAGACUAAGGCGCUCUUGUCAUUCUAGCUUAGUUUACUGAAGAAAAUUACUGACAUUACUCUGCAAAGAAAGAGGAAGCCAGGAGGUGAAUGUUGAAUGGAUAUAAUUAUAAAUACACCCCAAUUAUGUUAUUCUACAGGAGCUCAAGGUGAUGUACUGGAAAGAUUAGACAGUCUUGCCUGAACCUAGCGCUGGAUGAGAUAAUCUUUACAUAGCAUAAAAGAAAGCUAGUAAAUCCUAUAUUGGACACAAAGAAGAUGUCUUUCUUAGAUGAAAGAAUUACAAUAUUUUCCUCCUGGUAUUUUGUUUCUGUCCAUCCAUUAUGUCAGGAACGAUACAUACAUUCCACUAUCAAACAAUUUUUUUCAUAACAAAAUCAGUUAAAAUGCUACUUUAAAUCAAGAGACAAUCUAAGUUUAAUGGGAGGGAGGGGGAAGGGAAUGUGUGGCUACUUCCUGUGGAUGGAAUUCUGUGUAGGCUUCUUAAUGUAACUUUAAAUCUGUAAUUUAUAAACAAAAAUGUGUGUAAAAAUGCUGUAAUAUAAGCUGCUUGUAAAAUUUAUAGAAAUUCCAGGUGUUCAGGGUUCCAAUGAAUGCUAAGACAGCUUCUCUUAUGUGCCCAGCAGGUAUAAGUAGCUUUAUAUAUUGUUGUCCCUACUGUAUAUCUAUUCAAAUCACAUUUAGUUUUAAUGUGCAAAAUAAAAGAAGCUUCUCUUUUAACCUAUUGAUAGGGUUUAAUUAAUGAAACCUCAGAAUAUCUAAUGGUGUAUUUUUCCUUUUUAUAUAUAUUUCUCAAUAAUGUUUAAGACAGAUAUGGCACACUGUCUUCCAGUUGCAUGUAAAUCCUGGAAAAAAAUGUUAAUCCUCUGGAUAUUGACACACAAUAGCUACUUCUAGUUCAGGCAUAAGUAAGAAUUUGACAAAUUAAUCCAGACAAAAUCUAUAUAAAGGCUUCUGUAUUUCUUUAUUGGAAAACUUGUGGUGGAAAACUCUCAAACAUAAUCCUUCCUGUAAGAUUUCCAGUCAGGCUGGAAAUUGCAAGAGAAUGUUCUCUGGCGCAGCAUUUCACUGCCAAAAUUACUGGAUGUAAAUUGGAAAUUCAUUGGCAGAAUUUUUCCAAAAUCAAAACAAACAUCACUUUCAGCUUUCGGUAGUCCUUUUAGUCUAUUUUUAUUGUUGUUCGUGUUUAUUUUCUCCAUACCUUAUCCUCCGCACAAAAAAUCACACCCUUUCUGUAUGAAGUGGUUUGAUUGGAUCACUGAACUCUCUAUUCCCUUGUUUCUCAAGGAUCGGUCUGUGGACUUGCACCGGUUCCUGAGAUCUCCUUGACACAGUUUAGGAAGGCAGCAAGCUGGUCCCUGGUAUCACAAAGAUUAAGAAACACUGCUCUACACAACUCUGCUUUCUAAAGUAUGGUAAUGUUUAGGAAACAGACUUGAUCCUUCCCCAGAGAACUUUAAGGGUAAUUUUUCAGAGACCUAAAGGUUUUCUAGAUGCAGUCAUGCUGUAAAAAAAUGAUUUUGAUUUAGAGUAUCAUUUUUCAUCAAAACUAAGAAGUUAAAGAAGAAAAACUUACAAUGACAAAUUUCUCAAGUGCUUUCAGUGAAGUGCUCUCUGUUAAGAUAUAGUCCAUCCUGUGAAGUUUGAGAAUUUUCAGGAUUCCUGCUACAUCUAGUAGAACUUGGAAUAGACAAAGAUUCAAGUUUUAAAAGUCUUACUAUUAUUCCUCAAGCAACAGUCCUGUUGGCUUUUGUGGGGCGCUGUAUCACACAGGAGUCUACCCAUACAGAUCAGUGCAGGAAGAGAUCCUGCAGCCAGAGGCAUCCUGCCCCACACAGAACUCCCCUGAAGAAAGUUUCCUGCACCCACACAAAACUCCCUUGAAGGAAGGGGGCUCCAGAAGGAUCCAUUUUCAACAUUUGUCCCCAAAUCUGUAAGUUAUUUCCUCAUUGAUGGUCCUCUAUGAAAGGUGUGAAUUCCAUUUGAAUGGCUCUCUUGGCUGUUAUUCUAAAUUUAUUUCAAACUUUGUCGAUCAUUUUAAGUGUGACAUUCAAAUUAAGUACUACUACUUACAAAGAAUUACACUUACAUUUCACUGUUUCUCCCAGAAUUACAGCAAAAUCGAACUUGAUAUAUUGUGGGUUGUUGCUGCCUAGUUAUGAAUUUGCAUUAAUCAGCCUAUAAUGAUAAUAAAUUUUAAAAUUACCUAUUUUCUGUUAGUUAGAAGAAAGAGAUGCCUACCUGAACAGCUUUGGCUAAAUUUAGUAUGACUGUGAUUUCCUGUAAAUGUUUCAAAAGUUGUAUGGUGUAUUGCUUAAGAAAUUCCAAUAUAUGAGUAUAAAGGAGUCACAAGAGAAGUAAAACAUUUUUCAGCAUCAAUAAAUAUGCCAUAGAAAAUGCAGUAUAAAGCUGCAGAAAUCAGUUAUGAUGUUAUGAUUUGCUUAUAACAAGCAAUAACAGAAUAAUUAAAAAUGUUAUAUAUAUAAUUUUAAUUUUUUUUGCUUGAAGCAACAUUUUCCCGAAAGGCAAGCGGAAAUGCCCUGUGUCAAUACCCAGAGGACUAACAUCACUGUAGACUCUUUAUACAUCUUACAUAUAAACAAUUUAUCUAGACAUGGACUGUACAUUUUUGGUGUAAUCUUAUUUAGUCAUUUAACUUAUUUUACUUUAUUUGUGUGAAUUUGUGGAAAAGGAACAAUCCUAUAUAUG